AUGGCAGAUGAGGACCUUAUUUUCCGUAUGGAAGGGAUUGAUAACGCUAGAUCGACUGCAGUGAACUCUGGAAAUUAUCUCGAUGCUGAUAGUGAUGAUGAAGACAAUUAUUUUAUCUGUCCAAUAACUGAUGAUCCAGUUUCUAACAAGUCUGCCAGUAUCAAAGUUGACAAUUAUUAUAGCGACUUAGCAAAAACUGAACAGUACAGUUCAAGCUCUUCUCCUAGAAACUCAUUUAGCUUUAAGGAAACCUGGAAACAUGCUAUUCAGAAGGCUAAGCACAUGCCUGAUCCAUGGGCAGAAUUUCAUCUUGAAGACAUUGAGACAGAGCAAGCCACUCGUUACAGGUACAAUGCAGUUACUGGGGACUGGGUUGAAGAUGAAGUCCUCAUCAAGAUGGCUUCACAACCUUUUGGCCGUGGUGCAAUGCGAGAGUGUUUCAGAACGAAAAAGCUGUCCAACUUCUUACACACGCAGAACUGGAAAGGUGCCUAUAACUAUGUUGCCAAGCAGUACAUAGAGAGUGUGGGCAGGGAUGUGUAUUUUGAGGAUGUCCGACUUCAGAUGGAAGCAAAACUCUGGGGAGAAGAGUACAACCGGCACAAGCCACCAAAACAGGUGGAUAUAGUACAGACCUGUAUUAUCGAAAUGAAGAACAGACCUGGGAAGCCUCUCUUUCAUCUGGAACAUUACAUUGAGGGCAAAUACAUCAAAUACAACUCAAAUUCUGGAUUUGUGCGAGACGACAACAUUCGUCUUACUCCGCAAGCCUUUAGUCACUUCACCUUUGAACGCUCUGGACACCAACUCAUUAUUGUUGAUAUCCAGGGCGUUGGAGAUCUUUACACGGACCCUCAGAUCCAUACAGAGAACGGUACAGAUUUUGGAGAUGGCAACCUAGGUGUUCGAGGUAUGGCCUUGUUCUUUCAUUCUCAUUUCUGCAACAAGAUUUGCAAAAGCAUGGGGCUUGCACCAUUUGAUCUUUCAGCCAAAGAGAAAGAUGCCUUGGAUUGUAAUAAAAAAUUGCUUGAAUCUGCUCAAACAAUUCUCCGUGGCACAGAGGAAAAAUGUGGCAGCAGCCGAGUGAGAACAGUCUCUGGUAGUCGGCCUCCUCUGCUCUUCCGCCUGUCUGAAAACUCUGGAGAUGAAAGCAUGAGCGACGUAGCGUUUGACUCUCUACCCUGCUCUCCUUCUUCAGCAACCCCUCACAGCCAGAAGAUGGACAUGCUUAAUUGGCCUGUAUUCAAUGAAGUAGAUAACUUGGUUCACAAAGACUAUGAUCAGCUUGAUAACCAAAGGGAUUUUGAAAACGGUGGAGACAGUGGAUAUCCCAGUGAAAAAAGAAGUGAGCUAGAAGAUCUGGAACAUAGAGAGAGGGGCCAUUCAAACAACAACCGAAGACAUGAAUCUGAUGAAGACAGCUUGGGAAGCUCUGCAAGGAUCAGUGUGGAGAAAUGGAAUCUCUACAACUCUUCCAGAGUCCACAUCCACAGACCGUCCUGUGUUGCCCAAGAAAUUCAGAGGCUCAAUGCACUAGAACUUGAAAAGAAAAUUGGGAAGUCAGUCCUUGGGAAGGUGCAUUUGGCCAUGGUUCGCUAUCAUGAAGCUGGGCGUUUCUGUGAGAAGGACAAGGAAUGGGAUCAGGAGUCAGCUCUGUUUCACCUGGAGCAUGCUGCAGACUGUGGGGAGCUGGAAGCCAUCGUUGGGUUAGGACUCAUGUGCUCUCAGCUGCCACAUCACAUUCUUUCUGAGGUCACUCUGGAGGACACAAAGGAGAACAGAAAUAAAGGAUUUGAUUACUUGCUGAGAGCAGCAGAAGCUGGAGACCGGCCUUCCAUGAUUCUGGUAGCAAGAGCAUAUGAUACAGGUGUAAAUCUUGGUUCAGACAGAGUACAGGAUUGGAAGGAGGCGUUGUACUGGUACAACGCUGCGCUGAACAUGACCGACUAUGAUGAGGGAGGUGAAUAUGAUGGCACUCAGGAUGAGCCCCGGUAUCUGCUGCUGGCCAGGGAAGCAGAGAUGUUAAUGACGGGAGGGUUCCACCUGAAUAAGGAUCCACAGAGAUCAGGUGAGCUGUACACAGAAGCAGCAGAAGCAGCAAUGGAAGCCAUGAAAGGCAGACUGGCAAAUCAGUACUACGAAAAAGCAGAAGAGGCUUGGGCGAUGAUGGAAGAAUGA